CACUUUUCGAUCCUGAGUUUCUUCCAACCAACCAGUCGACCAGUUCACGCCAAAAGCAGUCGCCAUGUCGGAAUCCAAGGACAAGUCCGCCAACCCUAUGCGCGAGCUGCGCAUCCAGAAGCUCGUGCUCAACAUCUCCGUCGGCGAGUCUGGUGACAGACUUACUCGCGCUGCUAAGGUGCUCGAGCAGCUGAGCGGUCAGACUCCGGUCUACAGCAAGGCCCGUUACACCGUCCGUACCUUCGGUAUCCGUCGUAACGAGAAGAUCUCCGUCCACGUUACCGUCCGUGGUCCCAAGGCCGAGGAGAUCCUUGAGCGUGGUCUCAAGGUCAAGGAGUACGAGCUCCGCAAGCGCAACUUCUCUGAGACCGGUAACUUCGGUUUCGGUAUCUCCGAGCACAUCGAUCUGGGUAUCAAGUACGACCCCGGUAUCGGUAUCUACGGCAUGGACUUCUACUGCUGCAUGUGAGUGCAUUUGGACCUCUACGCAGUCCUGGUUCGACAGAUCCAUCGGUGUCAAUCCAGAUCGAGCAGGACAAGUCGAGUAUCAGCAACUGACUUGGAAUCAAUAGGACCCGCCCUGGUGAGCGUGUCG